GGAGCCAUCGAAGCACCCUCUCGGGUAUUCUAGUAGACUCGCCUUUCGUUUAUCGGAUUUUUGGUGUUAAAAAUGUUCCAUUUUGCUAGAAGUGCUACAAGGGGACUCUCCAAUUAUUUGUUAGGAGCCAUGCAGGCACGCCUGCUACUCCGACAAUCGCAAAACGUGUUUACUCGCUCUCUGUUUGGUUUCGGAGGUUCUCCUGGAAAUAUGGGCUGUCGCGGAAACCCUGUGGACAGAAAAUAUUACGACCUUUUAGAAGUGAAGCCCGAUGCCACAACCGACGAGAUCAAAAAGGCGUUUCGUGUCCAGGCCAUGAAACACCACCCUGAUCGCGGUGGCAACAUUGAAAAAUUCAAAGAAGUAAAGGAAGCGUACGACGUGCUCUCCAACGAAGAGAAGCGUCAAAUCUACGACCAGCUGGGUCCCGACGGCUUGCAGCAGAACGAGGACGUGUCCUACGCGGAAUACGCCAAUCUCAACGACAUUCUCUCCUCCAUUUUCGGCGACGGCAUGGGCGGCUUCUCGCAGCGCCCCACUCGCACGGAAGACAUGGUACAGCGUCUCCCUGUCACACUGGACGAGCUCUACACCGGCGUUCGCAAAGACUUCGCCGUCAACCGCAACAAAAUCUGCACCGAGUGCAAAGGCAUGGGCACCACGAAGCCGGACGCCGUGAAGCGCUGCCCUCGCUGCAACGGCAAGGGUUUUAUCAUCCAAACCGCGGUAAUGAUGGGCAUGGUGACGCAGACGCGCACGCUGUGUCCCGAGUGCAGCGGCGAGGGCAGCAGCAUCAGCAGCAAGGACCGCUGCAAGAGCUGCCGCGGGCGGAAGAUCCGUCGCGAGCGCGAGGAAAUGAGCGUGACAGUGCGCGCGGGAAUGAGCCAUGGGCAGAAGAUCGUGCUGCGCGGCGCGGCCGACCAGGAUCCGCAUCUGGAGGCGGGAGACAUCGUGUUCUACAUCGACCAGAUCCCGCAUCCGGUGUUCCGCAGACGCGGGAACGAUCUGUUCGUGAAGCAGGAAGUCUCGUUGUUGGAGUCGCUGACCGGCGCCAGCGUCACGCUGGACCAUCUCAACGGCGAGAAGGUCCGCUUGGUCACGCAGGAGGGCGAUCUGCUCGCGCCGGGCGCCGUGCGCUGCGUGGACAAGCUGGGCAUGCCGCUGUACAACCAGCCCGGGGCCUUCGGCAAGCUCUACGUACGCUUCCAGGUCAAGUUCCCCACCGUGCUGUCGAAGCAGCAGAGGGACAUUCUCCGCAGCGUGCUCGCGGAGCAGGGAGAAGCGAAGAAACCGGCGGCGGAGGAGCAGGGAGAAGCGGAGAAGCCGAAGGAGGAGGCCAAGGUGGAAACGGAGAAACCGAAGGUGGAAGCGAAGAAGGAAGCGAAGAAGGAAACGGAGAAACCGAAAGAGGAAACGAAGGCAGAAGCCAAAGAGGAAACGGAGAAACCAAAGGAAGAAACGAAGAAGGAAACGGAGAAGGAAACGGAGAAGCCAAAGGAAGAAACGAAGGAAGAAUCGAAGGAGGAGAAGGCUGCGGAACCGGAUUCAGUGGAGUACGUUCUGCAGGAUUGCGAUCAGAAUCUCUACGGCAAUCCCAAGUUGUGGGAUGUAGAAUCGAAUCAUAGGAUUUACGAUUAG